UGGGCGGACACAAAAUGGCGGCGGCGACGGUGUUGGCGGCCUCUCGGUUGCUGCGGGGCUCGGGCGUUUGGCAGCGCUCCCGGCUGAGGUGUGGAGAGCCAGUAAGCAGGCGUUUCAGCAGCAGCAUUGCAUACCCCAACAUUCCCCUCUCCCUUCCCCUACCUGGGGUCCCCAAGCCUGUUUUUGCUACAGUGGAUGGACAGGAAAAGUUUGAAACCAAAGUGACCACACUGGAUAAUGGGCUUCGCGUGGCCUCCCAAAAUAAGUUUGGGCAGUUCUGCACAGUGGGAAUUCUUAUCAACUCAGGAUCUAGAUAUGAAGCAAAGCACCUCAGUGGAAUUGCACACUUCUUGGAAAAAUUGGCGUUUUCGUCCACUGAUGAGUUUGGCAGCAAGGAUGAGAUCUUACUGGCCUUGGAGCAGCAUGGGGGCAUCUGCGACUGCCAGACCUCUAGGGAUACGACAAUGUAUGCUGUGUCUGCUGACACCAGAGGCCUGGACACGGUGGUGGGCUUGCUAGCCGGUGUGGUGUUGCGUCCCAGGCUAACAGAUGAGGAACUGGAGAUGACGCGCAUGGCUGUGCAGUUUGAGCUGGAGGACCUCAAUAUGAGGCCCGACCCUGAGCCACUCCUCACAGAGAUGAUCCAUGAGGCGGCAUACCGGGGCAACACAGUGGGCCUGCACCGCUUCUGCCCAGCCGAGAACAUUGCCAGGAUCGAUCGGGAAGCGCUCUGGGCCUACCUGAGAAGCUACUAUACACCCGACCGCAUGGUGCUGGCAGGUGUGGGCAUGGAGCACGAGUACCUGGUGGCAUGUGCCAAGAAGCACCUCCUGGGUGCUCAGCCAGCCUGGGGCACGGGGCUAACUGCACCCGUGGACCACUCAGUGGCACAGUACACUGGGGGCAUCGUCAAGCUAGAGCGGGACAUGUCGAACAUCAGCCCUGGACCCAGCCCAUUUCCCGAGCUCACACACGUCAUGGUGGGCCUGGAGAGCUGCUCCUUCCUGGAGCCCGACUUCAUCCCCUUCGCGGUGCUCAACAUGAUGAUGGGCGGUGGUGGCUCCUUCUCGGCUGGCGGGCCUGGCAAGGGCAUGUUCACCAGGCUCUACCUCAAUGUGCUCAACAGGCACCACUGGAUGUACAACGCCACCUCCUACCACCACAGUUAUGAGGACACAGGACUGCUGUGCAUUCACGCUAGUGCUGACCCCCGCCAGGUGCGGGAGAUGGUGGAGAUCCUGACCAAAGAGUUUGUCUUGAUGGGAGGCGCUGUGGACCCGGUGGAGCUGGAUCGAGCCAAGACACAGCUGACAUCCAUGCUGAUGAUGAACCUGGAGUCUAGACCUGUCAUCUUUGAGGACGUGGGGCGUCAGGUGCUGGCCACGAAUGCCCGGAAGCUACCCCAUGAGCUAUGCGAGCUGAUCCGCCAAGUACAGCCCACCGACAUCCAGAGAGUGACGGCCAAGAUGCUGCGCGGAAAGCCUGCGGUGGCUGCCCUGGGUGACCUUACCAACCUGCCCAGCUAUGAGCACAUCCAGACAGCUCUGGGCAGCAAGGAUGGCCGCCUGCCCCGGACAUACCGGCUCUUCCGGUAGAGCUCCGAGUGCACAGACCCUGGGGCUGAGUGAUUCCCCUGUGCCCACCGAGCCUGCAGUACAUGCUCCUGGCCACUCCACACAGGAAGUGACAGCAGCUGUGAGUUCCGGCAUGGACUUGACCCUAACCUGGGCCUGCUGUUCCCAAUGUACUGGGUUGUCUCUGCCAUUCCAUGGCUCUGCUGCUCACAGUACUUCUGGAGCUCAGGAAUCCAGCAGAGACAGGACUGGCAGCCAGUUUGAGACACCUCUGGACCAGCCAGUCUCAGCUGAACGUGUGUGUGUGUGUGUG